CAACUGUUCCCUUUAGUCCCGAUCUCCUGACCGACGGGGGGCGCUGCAGCGCGAAAUCGGCCGUAAAGACUUUAAAACCGGAAAGAAACCGAUUUCAAAAUACAAACCCUCUUCAAGAAAAUGGCGGAAGUCGUGGAGCUGCAUAAACUCAAGUUGGCAGAGCUGAAGCAGGAAUGCACUGCUCGUGGGCUGGAUGCCAAAGGAAAUAAAGCCGAUCUGAUUGCCCGGCUGCAGACUUACCUGGAGGAGCAUGAGGAAGUGAAUGAAGAGGAAGUUCUGGGAGAAUAUGGCGAGGAGGCCUUUACCAAAGAAGAGACGGAUGUGGAGAAGGAAGAGUUCCCUGCUCCUGAAGUGCUGUCUGAGAAGAAACUGGUCAAGAUAAGCCCUCCUACUACAGCUGGAGAGAGGCUUCAGAAAAGAGCAGAGCGCUUCAAUAUUCCUCCGAACGCAGACAGCAAAAAGGCGGCACGGGCAGCAAGGUUUGGUUUGGAAGUCUCCGAGUCUGUGUCGACCAAAGGAAGUUCAGCCAAACCGAACGUUGACGUUGAGGUGUUAAAGAAGAGAGCAGAACGUUUCGGCAUGAAUGUCUCUUCGGUUUCUAAAAAGAUCGAGGAUGAUGAAAAGCUUAAGAAGAGGAAGGAAAGAUUUGGCAUCGUCACGAGCGCAGCGGCCGCUGGAGCCAAUGAUUCGGAGGCAAAGAAGCGAAAACGUGCUGAGCGGUUUGGAAAUGUAUAAAACAUGGAUCUUACCCUUUUUGUACUUUUUAUGAAGUUUUUUUUAAGUGUUCUUUGCGGUUCAUUUUCUGAUAAGCUUGUAAUCCCUGUAGUGCCAUGGUUGUUUAUCUGAUAUUUACAUUAAAAGUACCCCAGUUCCUUCUA